CUUUCUUGUAUCUUAGUUUGAAAUAGUCUUUAUUCCAAAUGGGACAUCUAAGAGUCAGCAGGAGAGUUCAACUAAUUUUAUUAAUUGGGAUCAUCAUUGGAGCAGCAGUUGAAAGUGUUUCGUAUAAUCCGAGUGGCUGGCGACCAUCUGGUCCAUCUUUUUCUUUACAAGAAAGCAAAUCUCAUUUCUCAGGAUAUCACAAUACAAUAUCUUCGUCAUACGAAUCGCCGUAUAGUGAUGUGACUCCUGCAACCACGAUUGCUCCAUCAAUCACUAACAUCAAAAUGAAAACGACAUUUACAACUCCACGGAGUAGAGAGCCAACCACUCCAUCCAAUAUUGAUGAUGAAGAUGCACAAAUUAAUCCAGCCCUUGCUAUUGCGAAUUCCUUUGCAUUCAACAGGCCUGUAUAUAUCUAUACUGGUUUUCCAUUUCACCCAGAUUUCACAUACGUACAAUGAAAUAAAAGAAUUUCUUAAUAAAUAAUUAUGUGAUAAAGAAAUAUAUUUUUAAAAAUCAUAACUUAUCUAAAAAGCAUCACAGAAAUUGUCAUUUUUAUAAUUAUUCUUUUGUACAUGGUAUGUGUC